AUGGCUAGGUUCACCUACGAUGUCGACUACGAUGUCGAAGAAACGUCUGGGAAUGUACCAACUUCACGGCAAUACGAAGACCGCGAAUUACGUAUUGCUCGUGAACGGGAUCGCAAACGGCUUGAAUUCACUAACCAAUUACAGCGAAUCAAUAACCAGCUUGAAUACGAAAAGUCACGCGACACUGAGGCAAGUGUGCGCAGGUGGGACGAGACAGUGAACAGUGAAAAGGCGGAGAUUGACAAAUGUAAAAAACAGGAAAAGAAAAUCAAGGAGGAGAUGGAGGUAGAAGAGCAGCGAAAGCUGGAGUUGGACACUCAACUUGCCGAUUCUAAGCGACGUGCUGAGAGUCUAGACUCUGAAAUGACUGAGAUCCGGCGUCGCCUCGUCCAGCGUCAGCGGGAGAUCCAGCGACAACAGAAAGAAAUGACGCAAACCGAGGCGAGGCUUGAAUCGAAGCGCGCUGAACGUCAUUCUCUACUACAGGCAGCCAAGGUUGGUUACCUUUUGCGCUUCACUUUUUUCGACGCCUGA